ACUGGCUGUUGGUUACAUAGCGGACGGUAGGAGGAGGAUGGAGAUGCCGGAGUAAUAGCUGACGGAAAAACACACACACACCGACCCCCGGUGCUUCCUCACCGCACAUUAACAAGCGACAGACCAUGAUUGAGAUGCUUCGAGCCGCAGAGCUGAACACCAAACUGCCUUCCCCUAUCAAGAGAUAGCCAGUGUUGCUGGAUGGAGACCCAAGAGGAAUGACGCACCGACAGUCUGACAAAAUGCACUGGGCCGGAGGAAACCUGCUUCUGGUCCUGGCGUCCCUCGUCGCCUCUCACGCCGCCGGGGCCUCAUCGGCGGAUGGAAACCGCACGGAAAACGCCACCGCGACGGACGGCGGAUUCGUCCCGGUUGUGUUCACCAAAGUGAAGCAGAUAAUUGCCCGGGAGGGAAGCUGCGCGCUGAUUGAUUGCAACGUCACCGGAGACCCGUUCCCCAGCGUUCAGUGGUUCAACUCCCACGGAGACCGCCUGGACACGGAGACCAACGGUGAGACACAGUCGCCUCCUCCCACCUCCGCCUCCCCACCGCCGACUCCUUCUCACCACGAAGAAGAGCAGCCUGAGCCUGAGCCUGAGGAGGAGGAGGAGGAAGAGGAGGUGGAGGAGGAGGAGGACACCAUCCAGGCCGCGCCCGAACCGUCAGAUGCAAAUAAAACCCCGCCCUGCCAGGUGUUCUACGAGAGCCACGUGUGACGAAACAAACGCACCCCGGACCAACGACGAGUUAUCCUGCUAUGCAUUUCCACUUGAAGACAAACAAACAAACAAACAAACAAACAAAAAGGUCAAAACAUUUUUAAUUUCACAUUUUAGGAAGAAAACAAUCACUUUUUCUUUUUAAACUGAACAAUCUGAAACACGUCGGCUGUUCUGUAGAGAAUAAAAUCAUAACGUUUUUAGACACUCUGGACUUCAUGCUUGAAUGUACACGGGAGGGUUGUUCGAUAUUACUGUUCAUGUAACAAGCAGCGAAUUGUAAAGGGACGUUUCCUGUGGCGUUAAUCUUAAUAUCUAGGACUAUUAUUUAAAGAAUUAGGGUACUUCCCUCCUGGGGGGGUAAUAAUUAUCCAGUUUUUAAGUUUCUUACAGUGCUAAGGGGUUUUUAUUAUGACUACUUCAAGAAAUCUGCCUCAAGCUCCACAUCCACCCGCUGUUACUGUCCGACGUCCGCUCGCCUACAGACGCAUGCUGGACUGAAAAAAGACCGGCAGUGUGGUCACCAUCUCAUGAUUGUACAGCCAGACACAACAACAACAACAACAAACAAACAAAUAAAUAAGUAAGCCAGGUGAAUAUAUGUGUGUACAGUAUAUCUCCUCACACACCUCUGGGUAGAGUUUUUGUCUGUUUCCUUUUAAAUAUUUUAAAGAGUAUUAUUAUUAUUAUUAUUAUUAUUCCCCGUUGUGGUGUGAUUUGUUUUCUUCCUCCUCCGUAGAGAAGAGUCUUCUCCUCCGCCGUGCGCUGUCUUAGGUUUUAUUCUUCGGCUUGAACCCCUGACCUGAUCUCAGCAUCGUGUUAAGAGGCUUCACAGUACGGUUGUGUUUCUGCUGCAUGUGAAAGAGGACAGUAGAGAUGUUGGACGUCUCUCUCUGGGACUUAAAAAAGGACUCUUUCCUUUCUUCCCUCUGCUUGGCUACUGGUCCAGUCUGGCGGAGAUGAACUGGAUGCUGUUCUGCUUUUACCGGUGCUCUUGAGAUGCCUCCUUUUUUUUUGUUUUUGUUUUUUUUUUGUAGUGGAAUAAAAUAUGAAGUGCUGUGUAAAA